UGACUCGGUGACACGUGUGACCGCCAGGCUGCUGGGUGGUGGAGUGAGAUUCACUGGGCUGAAGCGCUCUUUGGGACAUUAAACGCUGCUGCCUUUAGCCAGGGAGCUAACGUUAGCCAGGCUAGUUUCAGCCUCUAAAGUUAGUUUGAGCUCGUUAACCCGCGAAGUGUUCGUCAGUGUAAAGGACGGUUUGUACAGGAGCGGCGGGAGGUGAUGAGAGGCAGAGUCAGCAAGGUGUAAACAUGGAUUUGCUGUACGGUCCGUUGGGUUUGGGUGUGGUAGCAGGACUGGGAUGCGGGCUCCUUCUCGGUUGGCACCUUCGAGGACGCUUCGCCCCUGCAUCCAAGAGCAUGAUGGCGGCGAUGGGGAACGGCACCGGAGAGGCGAGUGUGAUGGGAGAAGGAGGCGAGUUCAAGAUGGUUCUGGUGGUCCGUAACGACCUGAAGAUGGGCAAAGGAAAGGUGGCCGCCCAAUGCUCCCACGCUGCCGUGUCGGCGUACAAGCAGGUCCAGCGCAGGAACCCCGAGCUUCUCAAACAGUGGGAGUACUGCGGCCAGCCCAAGGUGGUGGUGAAGGCCCCCGAUGAGAACACCCUGAUCGAUCUGCUGGGUCACGCCAAAGAGGUCGGGCUUCCUGUCAGCCUGAUCCAGGACGCAGGACGGACACAAAUUGCACCAGGGUCCCGCACUGUGCUGGGGAUCGGUCCAGGCCCGGCUGAUCUGAUUGAUAGUGUCAGUGGAGACCUGAAGCUCUACUAGAGUUCCAGCUUCCACCUGUUGGACUCAAACAAGUUCCUUUGUAGAUAAAACAAUUUCCAACUUAAACGCAGCUGAGCUAUAUUGAGUUUGUAUUUUUAUAUGACAACAUUUGUGUUUUAGAAGUCCGAUGACUCUUGGAUCAGUAAUAACAGCUUCAUGCGUGUUUCUUUGCUGAUUGUCCUGUGACAUGUGAUGAAGACAAUGUUGUUGUUGGUUUCAUUAAAAUCUCAGCACUGUUAAAUGACAGUUAUAAUCCUCUAAGUGACAAAAAUCAAUCUACAAAAUAAAUUGAAAUUAAAUUAGAAAAGUCUCUUCAUAUUGCAAAGUAUUAAAUACUUGCAGGUCACCACAAUAAACAGUGUGAGUUCACAUUACUUCACAUCGCAGCUGUUGAGCCACUAGGAUGGGAUGGAUCUAAUAUUAAUAUUGUGUCUGAACAUCAUUUAGGUUUUGUUAUAAAACUAUGAAAUAUCUUAAGUGUUUUUCCUGGUGUCAUCAGCCUCAUUAGCUUCAACUGUGAAAUAGUUGAUCUUCAAUGUUACUGCCACCAAGGAGGGGGUCAGAACCAACUCAGGAUUACUAGGAAACUUGGUGGAAGGAUACGAUAUGCAUCAGGGAUGAAUCCAGUAGAUUUCGGUGCAGAUCAAAGAUUCAUGGAUCUUUACAUAAAGAACAAGGUAUAUUUAAGGUUGCAGAUCCAAAUAAAAACCUGGAUCUAGAGAAUUUAAAUGGAUCAGAGGUGUAGGCUCUGAGUGCUUCCACUUCUAUUUUCAAAUAGAAACAUUAGGUGCCAAUGUUUUGAGAUGAGGUCAUAAUGGUUGCAUCUCGGCAGAUCAGACUGGUUUACUUGAUUUUUACCAUCAGAGGGUGCUAGUACUACAUCUCCAUUGGGUUUUAUAUCAGAUAUUUAUAUAUUCAUAUAACAGACAUUACACAGACUAGACAAAGCAAAAGGAGGAUGUUACAAACAGAAUCCAAACACCAGAGUGCAGCUUCAACAACCACUCCAUCAAUGAAAUUCAAACGUGAUCUGUACCAGAUUCAGUUGUUACUAGUUGGUUUUAAAGGUAAAGUAGAAUCAGUAGCAUGUUCAAAAACCUGCGUUCUUAAAACCUCUGUGGGGGUGAACCAGUGAGGUGGUUGUAGGAUGUGAGCACACUAGCACCAGUCACUGAGACUGAGCUCCACCUGCUGUUGCCUUUGACUGAGAGCGACACAAAAUCAACAGCGCGUUUCCUGUGAUCUUUUGUUUGGAUCGGGUCGACUCCCAGCUUCACCUUUGCCUUGUAAAUUUGCACGGUGGGAAAAUGGAACACUCUGGUUUGGAAAUGAAGUCAUCACAUUGUUUUGUACGAUGGUACUUUGGACUACAAACAUGAUCUGCUCUCUGCACUUUACAGCCUCUGAUUGCUCUGCUGUGACAUCACUUCCCUUUCUGAGAGACAGAAAACAACCAAGUAUAUUCAAGACACAAGCAGACUGCUCUUGACAAACAAGAAGCCUUUAUUGUUAAGUGGAAAACAAAACUGCUGUUUCAUUCAUUAUGAUCCUGAUAAUGCACAAUCAAGUAUCUUAAGUGCACAAUUUCAAUCUAAGGUAAUUUAGAUAAGAAUAUAAGCUCAUAGGAGUUAAUGAUUGAUUUCUUGUAUACACGCAAGCCUUUAAUAAAAACUUCAAUUCCUCACAAGUCUGUGAUACUGUUUGUGAACAGGAUGAGCGGGUUAAACUGAAAAAGCUAAAGGCGACACUCGACAGAAUGUGAGGAGCGUAUGGUUUGAAAAAUCUCCCCUGCACCCUCAAUAACAGAUAUCCAGCAGACACAAACUGCAGCAUAAAGAGGGGGCACGGGGCGUGUUUGUCAAACAGGUCUGCAGUACCUCCUGAGACGAAAUGGUCCCAUGUUAGAGCAGUGUUUAAAGCACAUGGCGAUGUCAUGGGACUGCAGAUUUGUUUAGAGAGUCCUGCAUAGGCUUUGCUGGAAAGAAAGAACCUUUCCUGAAAAUCGUAUGUAAAAUACUCUCUUGGAAUUUCUUCAAGAAAUAAACCUGAAGUGUGAGUUUGGGGGACUUGACAGGUUCGACGUAGUGUUUCAGGACUGUGGUCAAUGGAAGCGGCAGUCUCAUGUUCAAAUAUAGAAGAACACAGUAGCAGUUUGUGUGUCUGAAUAUACAAUAAUUAAAUGCAUUUUACAGUCGGACAGAAGAAGCUGCUCACACACACAAAAGGAAAAAGAGGUUCUACAUUAAUUUCUUUUCACUACAGAGUGCAAAUCAGAUGCUUCACAACAGACCUUUUUUUUUUUUACUUGAAGAGGACUAGCUCUUCUCACAAGCCCCCCUGUUGUACAUAAACCAUUUCCCAAUCAAAUAAAAUAGACAAAAGAAAAAAUAAUCUAGUCAAAACGGAAUGUGAGAAAAUUAAUCUUUGUGAUUCAAUCUUUUCUUUGACGACAAAUAAAACUGAGUCCUUCAUGACAGUUUAAAAUUGGAAA